GGGAAGAGUUUGGCCUGUGCUGUCUACACAAGCCUUGGCUUAGCAGUAAUAUCUCUGUAUAUUUUUAUAAAAUCAUUUUUCUUUGGUGCACCUGUUGCAUCUGCCUAGCCUAAGAUGUCCAAAAAUGAAAUAUCAGAAAUGUUUAAGAUAUUAUAGAAAAACAAAUCUUCAGGGCAAGCAAGCUUCCGAUGGAAUCCCAGGUGCAUUUCAAAAUGGCAGGAAAUUCCCUGAGGGGAAGACUGGAAGAAGAUAUCAGCCACAGUUGAUGAGCCAAAUUAGUAGAGGGUAUAGGCACUGGCACACACACACACACACACACACACACACACACACACACACACACACACAAAAACAAAUGCUCAAAGGACAUGGAAAGCAAAUGCAGAAAUUUUCACCAGAUGAAGGCAGUUUUUUUUUUCCCUCCACCAGCUUGGAUGGCUAACAGCUGCAAGGACACUGGACAGCGAGAUAAGGGGAAAGACAGAAUAAGCACAGAGGGAGAAGUCUUGCCAAGACACCCCACUGGUGUAGGGAGUGGUAUGAGGCGGUGAUGAUGGCUUUGGACAUGGAGAGGACGGUGUCUAAGCUCAUGUUUGACUUCCAGAGGAACUCCACCUCCGACGACGAUUCCGGCUGCGCUCUGGAGGAAUACGCUUGGGUGCCCCCAGGCCUUAAGCCUGAACAGGUUCACCAGUAUUACAGUUUCCUGCCUGAAGAUAAGGUCCCCUACGUGAACAGCAUUGGCGAGAAGCAUCGCAUUAAACAGCUCCUACACCAGCUUCCCCCUCAUGACAACGAGGUACGAUAUUGUAACUCUCUGGAUGAAGAAGAGAAGAGAGAGCUGAUGAUCUUUAGCAACCAGAGAAAGAGAGACAACCUGGGCAGAGGCACUGUCCGCCCUCUCCCCCUCACCAUAACUGGAGCUGUUUGUGAACAAUGUGGAGGCCAGAUAAAUGGAGGUGAUAUUGCUGUAUUUGCCUCACGAGUGGGUCACGGAUUGUGCUGGCAUCCUCACUGCUUUGUGUGCUGCAUGUGUGCUGAGUUGUUGGUGGAUCUAAUAUAUUUCCAUCAGGAUGGAAAGAUCUAUUGUGGCCGCCACCAUGCUGAGAGACUCAAACCACGCUGUUCAGCUUGUGAUGAGAUUAUCUUUGCAGAUGAGUGCACAGAGGCGGAAGGAAGGCACUGGCACAUGAAGCAUUUCUGCUGUUAUGAAUGUGAGGCUCCACUGGGUGGCCAGCGCUAUAUCAUGCGUGAGGGACGGCCGCACUGCUGCAACUGUUUCGAGUCACUCUAUGCUGAGUACUGUGAUGCAUGUGGAAAACAUAUAGGCAUAGACCAAGGACAAAUGGCAUAUGAGGGUCAACACUGGCAUGCCACUGAAGAAUGUUUCUGCUGUGCUCGCUGCCGUCAGUCUCUGCUGGGCCGUCCCUUUCUGCCAAAGCAAGGGCUCAUCUAUUGCUCUCGUAUUUGCAGCCAGGGAGAUGAGCCUGAUUUGUCAGACUCCUCUGAUUCCGCUUUUCAGAGUGCCCGUUCACGCCAGUCACGCCGCAGUGCACGAAUUGGCAAGCAGGGAGCAAAGAACAACAAGGCAGAAAACAGCAGGCAGCCAUCAUCUGGCUCAGCAUCUGCAACAGGUGAACGGCAUUCAGUGGAUGCAGACUCCCUGGUUGUGCAAAUGGACCUGCUAAGUGUGUCCAGCCCAGCUCCCAGUCGUACUCCAAACCGCACACCAACAAGAACCCCAAGUAGGACCCCAAGUCGUUCACCAAGCCUGAACCGCAAGCAGUCUGUCUGGAUGAGCAGGGAUGAGCCAUACUCUUAUGAGUCCAAUCAAAGAGAUCCUUCCCCUUCCCCAAAUCCCCAUCAGCUACGGAGCCAGUGUAGCAUCCGGACCCCAUAUCCUCCCUCUCCUAGCCAACCACCCAAAGUGGUGAGCCCUCCAGAGUCUUGGCACAAAGAGCAACCAGGGAGUAAUCCCAAGAAGCCCCCUGUUAUGGCAGCCCUGAGAGGCCACUCUUUUAAUGAAAAUUGGAUGCACCAUGGGCAGGAAUCUGAGUUCCACCCUCCAAAACUGAAGACACAGAUGAGUUUCAAUGAGGUAUCAAGUCAUGGUGCUGGGUUCUUAGACAAGCGCAGUGUCAGUGUGCAGGGCUUCCCCAGGGAUAUGAGGCCUCCGCUUCUAAGGAGUAGACAUCAUAUUGGCCCCAGCUUUGGUGAACUGACACCCCUUGAGCAGACACCACGAGGGUCUGCAGACUCAUUGGCCCUUUCUUAUGCCACAGGAAACUCUUUGGAUGGGACUACAAGGCGCCAGGAGCACCUUUCCCGCUUCUCAAUGCCUGACCUAAGCAAGGACUCUGGUGUGAAUGUGUCUGAGAAAAGUGCAAUGGGUACCCUAAACUCAUCCAUGCAGUUCCGCAGCACUGAAUCCCUGUCAUCAGUCCCAAGACCUCUUGCUGAUCUGGGAAUGCCAGUCAGACUUAGGUACCCACCACAACUCUACUGGAACUCUUCUAGAGGCCUCAGCUUUGAUGAGCCAGGGAAAGGUCGCAUGGGUCUGGCAGGGAGUAUGGGAAACGUUCAUUCGGUGACACCACGACCACGGCGAGCUAACACACAAGACUCUCCACGACAACAACGGCCAAGGCAACAGCACCAUCACAAAAGUCAUAAGAGACACAAAGGCCACCAUCGAUCCCGCCGCUCACGCUCAGAUAAUGCCCUUCAUCUGACUGCUGAAAACCAGGGUUACCCUAGUGACCCUGUUCAGAGAUUCCAUGAUGAUUUUCAACGGAUGCCCUCGAGGAUGUCACGUGACCCUUUCGGGGGAAAUUAUGCAUGUAGGCAGCAGUUUUUCAGGCCUUGCCCUCGAACCACUUCUGACCUGACCUUGCAGGACCCUGGAGGUCCAAGACUAGGCCAAUACCUGGGCAGGUAUGGAGAGCUGGCAGAAGGUGAUGAUCACUUUUGCUCUACCUGCUCCUCUUCAUCAGAAGCAUCUGAUGAUGAAGGCUACUUUAUGGGAGAACCGAUUCCUCUGCCAGUGCAAGUGCGUUAUCUUGACAACGAGGAGUUGAGGCAGCGUUAUAGUCCCACUUUGAUGGGUGGUCAUUCCCAGCUACACACACGUAGACGCAGAAAGAGUAAGAACUGCAUCAUCUCAUAAGAGAGUGUUUGUACCUGUGUGGGUGUGGUGUGUGUCUCUUUGUGUCUAGAUUGUAACUUUAUUGAAGCAUGAUCAAAUCAUAAACAAGAAAAACUUGAUGAUGUCCUCUGGAUCUUAUCUCCGCUGUUUACUGUGACAGAAGAUGGCACAAAGAAAUGCAUCAUCUCAUAACGCAGGUUGUGUGUCUGUCAGUCAGUAUGUCUGAGUAUGUAACUUUAUUCAAAUAACUUACUUAAUAGAUUGUAAUCUUACUUAAGCAUGAUCAAAUCAUAACCAACAAAACCUGAUCAUGUCUUCUGGACAUUAUAUUCUCUGUUUACUGUGA